GGCAACUGUUUUCACCAAACUAGACUUGAGGAACGCUUAUCAUCUUCUUAGGAUCCAUGAUGGAGAUGAGUGGAAAACAGCUUUCAAAACCCCCUUGGGUCAGUUCGAAUAUUUGGUCAUGCCCUUUGGUUUAACUAAUGCCCCUGCCUGUUUUCAAGCCCUUGUGAAUGAUGUUCUCAGAGACUUUUUAAAUGUGUUCGUGUUCGUCUACAUUGAUGACAUACUCAUUUAUUCAAAGAACCUAUCUGAGCAUAAGAAACAUGUCCGCCUUGUGUUGCAAAGAUUGCUGGCGAACAAACUGUUCGUCAAAGCUGAAAAAUGUGAGUUUCAUCAGCCUUCAGUCACCUUUUUGGGGUUUGUGCUCGAGGGCGGGCAGGUUAAGCCUUCAGAGGACAAAAUAAAGGCUGUUUUGGAAUGGCCAGUUCCUGAAAACCGCAAGCAGCUGCAGAGAUUCCUGGGUUUUGCCAAUUUUUAUCGCCGAUUCAUCAGGAACUAUAGCCAGACAGCUCUUCCCCUAACCUCGUUAACCUCAGUCAAACGAACUUUUCAAUGGACCCCUGAGGCACAAACCGCAUUUGAGAAACUGAAAUCAUUGUUUUCCAGAGCACCCGUGUUAAUCCAGCCUGACCCAUCCAAACAAUUCAUCCUCGAAGUAGACGCUUCCGAUUCUGGUGUUGGAGCAGUGUUAUCUCAGAAACUCUACACUGAUCAAAAGAUUCAUCCUUGUGCUUUUUUCUCUCGAAGACUUUCCUCCGCAGAGCAAAACUACGAUGUUGGAGACCGUGAGCUGCUGGCCAUCAAGUUGGCGCUGGAGGAAUGGAGACACUGGCUGGAAGGAGCUGAGCACCCUUCUAGUUUGGACAGAUCACAAGAACCUUGCUUACAUCCAACCCGGAUCCAAGAAUGUCAAACCCGAUUCUCUCUCUCGUCUAUACUCCGUCGAUCAACCCGAGACCCCAGAACCUGUCCUUCCCGCAUCAUGUACAGUUGGAGUGGUUACCUGGGAGAUCACCGAUCUAAUUAA